CGUUCAGCAAUGAAUCGCUGUUCUCGCUUGACUGUGACUCGCUCUCCCUUGCUCUCUCUCUCUCUCUUUCUGUCUGUGUCACACACUUGUUAGUUUCAGUACAGAGUGCGUUGUGUGUGGAUGUGAAAGAUCUGCAGUUAUGUUUGGUCCGUGCCUGUACAGAACAGGUUGAUAGACCCACAAUGCAUGUGAGACAUGACCAACAAGGCCCCCUGGGAUAACUCAAACAGUAUGUGCAGCAUGGAGCCAACAGUCUUAAAACACCCCACCACUCAACUUCCUCACUCAGCUGGCUGCUCCCCCACAGUUCCAGAGCCAGAGCUCUACCGCAGCAUCCAGGCUGUGCUGCCCAGGGAAACGGACAAGCAGCAGUCCCCGGACUGUUUCAACAAAGGCAUGCUGAGAUGGACGCUUCAUAAGAAGGUUCAAAACAAUCCUGCCAACAGCUUAUCUCUGGUGUGGGUGCUGAUAAAGGAGCUGGAGAAGGCUGAGAGAUGGGACUCUCGCAAAUCCAUCAUCCCUCUGCUCCACACGCUUAUGUAUGCCAUCAUUCAGGCAGCCUACAUUCCAGAUGAGCUGUACAAGCGGGUUUAUGAUUUUUGUAAGAGACUCCUGACCUACCCUCAUCCCUACUGCACUGUAGGCCUCAGCUACACAAGACAGAUAAAAACUGAACGCUCCAUUCCAGGUCUGAUGUACCAGAGGAUGCUCACAGCAGAGCAGAGACUAAAAAAUGAGCACUAUCCCUUUCAGGAGAGGGUCUUCGUUCUGGCUGACCCAGAAGUCUUCUCUGGUCCUUUGGGACAAGUCCUGUUGGCUGACAUUGAGGCGCCUGCUUCAGCUUCAGGUGGCCCUCUAGGUCCUUUUGAUCACAUGCGCAGUGUGGUCCAACACUCCAUCCAGGCUGCUUUAGGAGCAGAGCAGUGCCAUGGGCAGAAACUGGCUCAGGCCCUAAAGGACAUGGGUCAAGACGUUGAGACGUACUUUCAGGAAGUGCUGGCGACUCUAGAGCAGAGUGCGGAGGAGGGCGGCAGAGGGGAGGGGGGAGCGCUGAGGAGUCGUUUUCAGCAGCUGUACAACGAGAUCGUCAGCAACACUUACUCAGCAGAGCCAUUGUCGAGUGGACCACUGUGUGACUGCCCUCUUCCUAACCCAGAGAUGAGCUUCCACCUGUGGACGGAGGAUCUGGAUAUCUGGCGAGAGCUGGGCAACUGGUUUCGAUCCAGCUCCAUGUCGGAGCAGUUCUCCCUCAGCCAGGAGCAGGAAGACUUUGAGCUGGGUGAGUCGCCCAGCGACCUGAUGCCAUCUGACAUGACUCGCUUCUCCGUCAUGUCCAAUGACAGCGGCAUCGAAAGAGACCUGCCCCCCAGUGCUGAUCCCUUCCCAUUGUCAUCUCUGGACACUGCCAGCAUGAGUGCAUCAUGGGAACAAUGCAAAAGUGAGCCGGAUCCAUCGAAGCUGUUACGGCGGGGAUGUAUCAAGGUGAAACCCUCUGUGAAUAUGGUGCUGAUGCAGGACACCCUGGAGGACCACGCAAGCCUCGCGGGAGCAGGAGGGAAUGGAGGGAGGGGAGGAAGAAGAGGGGCAACUCUGCAGAGGCGGGCAGGAAGCAGCGCAAUGCAGAACCCCUUCCCCAAGCAGCAGAGACACUUUACUGCCAGGAUAGUCGCCAUGGGGGAUGACAGGGUACUGGGCCGCCUGGCCAAAACCUACUACUUCUUCAGGAAAAGGGAAGCGCGGAGGCUUUUUCUUACAAUGAAAGUCAACCUCCAGUUUUACUACAUCCCUGUUUGCAGGGCAACAACUCCCAUCUCCCCUGUCAAGGAAAACUUCCAUCAGGCCAAGGGGAAUCCCUGCGCUCUUGGUUCCUACUUGAGCAUGGUGGACCCAUGGUACAACUCUAACAUCAGAAGUUUAGGCUGCAUGCUCCCCAAACUGGCUGAGAUGCAAAAGGCCAAAUUAGGAAGGCCAAAAGACCCCUUUGUGUCUGAUGUCAUUUCCUACUAUGUUCGCACCGGCCAGCAGCCCGUCUACUUCACCAUAUACUUCGUUAAGCUCACAUUCACCAGCCCGACAAAGGAGCCUGUGGAAGAUGUGUUUCUUACCAAUCUAGAAAUGGAGUUCCCUGAGUUCAGACAGAUUUCAGCGUCAAUUAGAGAUAAACAGAAGAAGAGCUCAGGGGAGGUAUGCGGAGCUGUUGUCUCAAUGAAUUACAGAAAAGUGACAUUAAGUGGCCGAGACAUUGACAAGGGAAUCUCAGUCAGGACGUCAGGCGCUCAGAUCAACGCUAUUCCCUCCAAUGAAGCAGAAGAUCUGAACUGUUUGACACUGACAUUAAAUGAAUCUCCAACAAAAGCUAAAAACAACAUUAUGGAGUCAAAGAUACGGACCAGCAACAUUAAGAUUCGCACUUUGGAGAGUCGAUCUUUCACUGUUACACUAGACAGAGAUUGUCGCAGGACCUACAGAAAUGUGCAGAGCAUCGAGAUCUCCCCGUGUCUUGAUCCAGGAUACUGCGUCCAGAAAAACAUAAGGUCCAAAUUCAAGUUGGGAGAGGACAAAGAAGCUGGACUGAGCAAAUACAUGAACAAAGGACUUCCUCUACCCAUCAACACAUUUGCUGGCAUCAUCAGCUGAUGUGAUGGAGUAAGAAAAUUAAGACCAUCCACGCUGAGGUUUAGAUGGCGGAAGAGUUGCUGCUUCUCAGAAAACAGAAGUCCCGUCUGACAUAAGAAAAGAUAAAAGGAAUCACCUUUGAGUCAUACUGAGCUGCUCCUGAAACCACAUUGUUUCAGUUCUGUUGGUCAUGACUGACUGCCAUGUAUGAAAAAGACUUCAAAUCAAAAGCAACUUGAUGCCAGUUGCAACACAUACAGUGCAAGUGUGACUUCUUGCAGUCAGUGGAACAACCAGAUGGCUUCUAUUACAGUAACAGGGACAACAUGUUAUUACACUGUAGGGUAUGGUUGAACUCCUAACAAUGUUUCACUUUUCAUGAGUGAAGUAAGAAUGUCAGUAAAUAUAACCAGAUUUGAAUAAUGCCAAAGAACAAUGUUGCCUGUGACACUGGAGUGACUGGCAGGGAAGAACAAGUAAGCAUGGGAUAUACCUUUAAAUAUACAUUAAAGAUUACUGACAUUUGGAUCACUAAUCAUAAAUACUUAACAGGCAAUCUGGAAAAUCUGAUAUGAAGGGUUGACUGUCUGUAACAGUUAUUGGACUUCAUAGACACACUACCUUUUUACUGCCUCCUUGACGCAUGCACACACACACACACACACACACACACACACACACACACACACACACAGUAGACAAAAAAAUGCAGACAUACUGACUCCCCUUGACAGUCAGUUAUUGGAGCGUGCAGAUUGUUGAAAGACUGGUACGAUGACUGCUGGAGUUUACUGUCACCUUUGUUUUAGCUGAAAAAUUCAAAUAACUUGUUAUUCCCGUACCUGUUUCAUAAUUUAAUCUGUUCUAGUUUCUAGAACCCCACUAUGUUCAGUGCAGAGGCUAGAGCCACAUUCAAGGUCAGGAAUUACUACAAAACAGAAGAAACGUUUGUUUUACUGUAUUAGACGUACACAUGCACAGACCAAGCUACAUAUAAAUCAACUAUAGCUUCAGACCGCUGACUUUGUUCUUGGUGCCAUUGUCUAUUUACUAGACAUGCAAGACUGUGUGUUGUAUGCUUGAUAAUAUACUGAUCAAGACAAAGAGCUAAACUUGGGGACACUCAAAAGUGAAACCUGCACAUGUUCAACUCUAUCAGCCUUGAGGUGUGAAAAUCCCCUCUGAAGCUGUUGUUUGUUUCAGUUAGAAUAGAUAAACUGCAUCUAUUUGCACUAAAACUGCUGGAUUUUUUCAAAAUAAUUUCCUUGUGGGAGUGGAGCAACUGUUUGUAAAGCAUGUAAUAUGACUUAUGACUACAUGUGUAAUUAUGUUAUCGCUUUACAAGUUAUAUGUAUGUUUAUAUAUAUAAUACAUUUAUAAUAUACAUAUUAUUAGACUACACAUCUCAAGAACAGCUCAGGAUCCUAUUUCUGAUGCACUCCCACAGGUAUGGCAGUUAAGGUCAACAGCCUCAGGAACUGGAAGUGAGGCUUUACUGGGUGCACAGCAUAACGUGUGUUUGUGUGUGUGUGUCUGUGUCUGUGGCUGGCAGGGUAAAAAUCAUGAGUUUUGAAAUUCAUGAUAAAUUUUGCACAUUACUUUCAUCUCGUGUUAUAUAAAGACGAUGCCAUUCAAAGCAAAAUGCAAUUCUGUAAAUAAAUGAUUUUGUUUUGUAAAA